AUGGCAUCGCCCUUCACGGAGCUGGAGGUCUGCGCUGUCCUCUUCUCCCUCCUGGUGUUCAGCCUCUUCACUUUGAGCGGGAUGCUGAGGGAGCAUUGGGGGCUAGACCACGGCCCACACAUGGAACUGCCCUUCUCCGGAUUUGAGCUCACCUUCAUCAUCCUCGCCUUUUUCAUUUUCUCGCUCUUCAGUCUGAUGUCAGUCUGUUUCCAGCCUGAAAGCCCACCUCCAGAUAGUGUCGUAUGUGAAGUACCACUAAGGAAAUCUGCGUCAAAGAAACCGUCAAAGCAAAGAGGCUCCAGACAAGUUUGGGUUCUGCACAGGUGCUCCUCACUGUUUCAUUUAGUCGGCGGCACAGACAUGAGGGAGGUUCAGGGGAGGGGGGGCUGA